UUAUUACCAUUUUCAUUUGGAGGUUCCAACGGAUUUUAUAUGUUGAUUAUUUUCUCAAUGGUGUAAAUUGUUAUUCCUUUUUGUUUGUAUUUACAAUUGUUGACACUUUUAUUAGACACAAGACAAUUAUCUCCAUUCAUUGAUUUUCGAUAGAUUCAACUGGAACCUACAUACUCCCCUUGUGACAAAUAUUAUUGAUUAGCGUUGAUCAGAACGGCAACAAAAAAAAGGAGAUAAUUAACCAAUUGUUUGAACGCUUAAAAUUGAUUAUGGAUUCUAACAAUCAAUCUUAUUCACACCUUCCAACAUAUUCACCGCAACCACCACCAACAACACCAUCCGAUUUAACUAUUCACGGUGACGAUUUUGACGAUACCGUUAUGCUUACCUCAUCUUCACCUCCGUCCCCGUCCUCCCGCCUUCACAAACCACUGCCAUUGAAACAAAAAUUAGGCUACUCGGUGGGCCAUGUUUUAAAUGACCUGUGUUCCGCUAUUUGGUUUAGUUACCUGUUGGUUUACAUGACACUGGUGUUGAGUUUUUCCUCCGCUGCCGCUGGUGUUUUACUUUUAGUUGGUCAAAUUGCCGAUGGUGCAGCAACCCCACUGGUUGGAAUAUUUUCCGAUAAAUUUAGUUUCGGUAACUAUGGUCGGAAAAAGUUCUGGCAUCUUUUGGGUUCCAUUGCAGUUCUGUUAAGUUUUCCCUUAAUUUUUAAUCCGUGUGUUUUUAAUUGUGAUAACUCAUCAACUUCAAAUCGACUCGCUUAUUAUUCAAUUUUCAUCUCUCUCUUUCAAUUUGGUUGGGCUGCGACCCAAGUUUCCCAUCUAUCACUUAUUCCCGAUUUAACACCGAUCUCAAAUGAACGGGUUGGCCUUAACUCUCUUCGUUACUCUUGGACCGUCAUCUCAUCAAUUACCGUUUACAUAAUUACCUGGUUGGUUCUUUCGGUUGACGAAUCAACAUCAACCAACACCAAUGAUAACAACAAUGUAACAUUUUCGCUAACCAAUUAUCUCUCUCAAGAAAGUCACCAUUGGUCUAGUGAUGAAAUUUCCAAUAAAUCUCUAGGAGAUUCGACAAUUGGACCAACCGAUGCACCCAAAUUUCGUAUUCUAAUAAUUUCCAUUCUUUCACUUGGAGCUUUUUUCACUUUACUAUUUCAUCUGAUUGUUGAUGAAACAUCCCGAAGUAAAAGUAACAACAAUCAAGUAAAAGAUAAUGAUGAACCUCAAUCAACAAGUGAUGAAGAAACAAACAAUCAACAAAAUGGAAACACCGAUCAAAGGUCAAGAAAUGUUGAAGAUCCUCAUCUUAAAUGGUGGGAAUGGUUCAGUGUCCCUCAAUUUUACUCUCUUGGUGUCUUGUACAUGGGAACGCGAUUAGUGAUCAAUAUAACUCAAGUUUACAUUCCGUUUUACCUUCACUUUACUCUUAACCUGAGGAAACAAAGUAUCGCCUACAUCCCGCUCGUCAUGUAUUGCGCCUCAUUCAUCGCUUCCCUGGCCACCAAAUACCUUGACCGUCGACUGGGUAAACGCUUAUUAUACGCGAUUGGUUGUAUAAUGUCCGCCGCCACUUAUACCUGGAUGUACCUGAGCGAAGGAUCAUUUUACCGAGUCUAUGGUAUUUUUUUCGUUGUCAUUUUACUUGGAUUUUCUGGAGCAAUAAUGUUGGUCAUUUCUCUCGGUUUAACCAAUGACCUUAUCGGACAUAAUACAAGUUCGGGUGCCUUUGUCUUUGGUGCAAUGAGUUUUCUGGACAAAGUUUCCAAUGGUAUCGCUGUCAUGGUUAUACAGAAACUCCACCCGACCGAUUCACCUUCGUGCGCGGGUCACGUUGAAUUUUAUCGGGAUGUUUUAUCGUUCGUCUGUGGAUCAGCUACUCUAUUAGCCAUUUUUGGCCUACUUUUAAUCAUAAUCAAACCGCUUCCCACCGAUAAUCAUCAAAGUGACAAAAGCUAAACACAGAGAAAUUAUUUUCCAAUCAAAUAUAAACAAUUGAUUGUCACUAUUUUAUCAUUUGUUACAAUUUGAUAAAUUCAAUUAUCUUCCUUAUAUUUAUGUAUUUUAUGUUUGACAAAUUGUAUUUUAAUUGUUUCUACCUGGCAAUUAAUUGCUCUAAUAUUUAUUUUUUAACAAUCACUUUUUUUUAUACUCAAUGUUGUCAUAAAUCAUCAAAUUUAAAUCAUCAUGUUAAUCACUUUCAGGGGUCUGAUCAAAAUACGAAUCAGUUUUUUCCCGAUCUCCUGAUCUUUCCCAAGCAAUUAACAAAUCUUGUCAUAUUGAUUGUGUAAAAGCAAUCAGUUAAUUAUCAAAUGUUAUCAUGAUGAUAUAUAAAAAUCAAAUUAAACAUUUAUCAUUGAAA